AUGAAUGGCACCGAGGGACCUGACUUUUAUGUCCCCAUGUCUAAUAGGACAGGGUUGGUGCGAAGCCCAUUUGAGUAUCCUCAGUACUAUCUGGCGGAGCCCUGGAAAUACUCGCUUCUAGCUGCAUAUAUGCUGUUCCUCAUCAUCACCGCCUUUCCUAUUAACUUCCUCACCCUCCAUGUCACUGUCAAGCACAAAAAGCUGAGAAACCCACUGAACUACGUUCUGCUCAACCUGGCGGUGGCUGACCUUUUUAUGAUAGUGGGAGGAUUCACCGUCACUCUCUACACAGCCCUGCAUGGAUACUUCAUCUUGGGCGUCACCGGCUGCAACGUUGAAGGCUUCUUUGCCACUCUGGGAGGAGAGAUCGCACUCUGGUCUCUGGUGGUCUUGGCAAUUGAGCGUUACGUUGUGGUUUGUAAGCCAAUGACCAACUUCCGCUUUGAGGAAAAACAUGCCAUUGCUGGCCUGGCGUUCUCCUGGGUUAUGGCCCUGACCUGUGCAGCCCCCCCUCUGUUCGGAUGGUCCCGGUACAUCCCAGAGGGAAUGCAGUGUUCCUGUGGGAUUGACUACUAUACUCCCAAGCCUGAGAUCAACAACACCUCAUUUGUCAUCUAUAUGUUCGUCCUCCACUUCAGUAUCCCACUCUUCAUCAUCUUCUUCUGCUACAGCCGCCUGCUCUGCACCGUGCGAGCGGUAGGAACACCUCUGUCAAUGCAGUAUUAA